CAAAUUCGUCUGACUGACGUAACUUAAUUCUCCGCCUUUGCCUUGCCGCUCACCGUCUUUCUGACAGGACCUGCUGAGGAGCGAGCCGGACAAGAUGGCCUACUCGCUCGACUACUACACCUCGGUCAUCAAGAGCUCCGUCAACAACUUGACGGUGCAGCGCACACAUGAUCCCAUGCUGGUCGGAGCCAAGAAACUUGGCUUCAAGAUCACGCUCUACACGCCUCGACCUGCGCCAUGGGGCAACUUCUUCACGGCUGCCUUACACCAGCAGAUCUUUCUAUCCAUCCUCGUCGCUUUCAUGUACAGCCAGCGCGCUACACCCAAUGCGCUCUCUAGACAGUUUGUCUGCGCUGUCGGCGUAGGAUCAGUCCUCCUCUGGCCGCUCUUCUACGGCAAGACGGGCCUCGGCGUCAUCGAUUUCGGCAUGCCCGCUUACGGCUUCCUCGGCUCGCUCCAUAUCGUCGAAGUCUUCCUGCUCAGAAACCCAAAGGAGCUCGAAAGCUGGUCUUUCCGCAAAUUUUAUACCACCAUCUUUACAUUCCCGCGAGAAGAGAACCUGUCACCCAAUCCGCGAUGGGAGAACCUCAAGGCGCUCGGCGGCUGCGGUCUCAAGUUCCUCAUGGUCAACAUCCUGCUCUAUGCAGCGCCUCCUCCCGAGAUCAUGGCCCAAGUUGACAGCAAAUUUGCGUUUAUCGGUUACAACUCUAUCCUAGGCCUCUGCGUUCUCGGCACGCUCGGCUUCCUCAUCGAAGGCAUCCUCAGACUGCAAGGUCUCAUCUGGGGCGUCGAGCAACACGAGAUGUUCCACAACCCUCUUGGCGCCACGAACAUUCGUGACUUCUGGGGCCGAUGGAAUCUGGCCAUCAAGGUUGCGCUGCAUCGUGUGAUCUUCCACUUCAAGCAAGCUCAGAAACAAGGCGGCACUGCAAUUUCCAAGAAGCCUGCCAACGGAGCUGCCAAUGGAUCGGGCAAGAACGGCAAAGCGAUCCGACACCACCGCGACAUGCUGUCAGAGACCGAGGCGAGCGCAGACGAAGCUGGUAUGGACAAGAUGCAAGCUGCUAAGCGUCAAGCGGUGGAGAAGAAGCGCUCUGAGCAAAAGGAAGCCAAGGCAGCGAAGAAGCGCUCCUCGUUCGCAAAGAAAGCUUUCAUGGCCAUCAUCACUUUCCUCGCCUCUGGCCUGUUCCACGAAUAUAUGAAUGCGCUUGCCUUUGGUGGCGCAACAGGCGAGAACGUCACUUUCUUCCUCGUCCACGGCGUCGCCACCGUCGUCUAUACUUACUUCAGUCGCACUUUCCCGUCAGCAAACAACAUGAUCCCCUCACCCGUUGCGAUCAUCGUGACCAAUGCUCUCGUCUGGUCAUCGGCGCCACUCUUCUGCAUGCCUUUCAUUCGCGCAGGCUUCUUCGAAGAUCUCAAAGCAAUCGGUAUCUUCGGACCGGUCCGCGGUUUCAUCCAUCUCUAUGAACAUCCCAUCUUUGGCGGCAAAGCCUGAACAGCCCACUGGUCCGAACACGUCUAGAUGAACUCCGCCGCGAGAAAAGAUACCCAAGAGCAUGACACAGGGGAAAGCUUAUCUAUCGCAGUUCUUCCCUCACGAGUCUGCGUUGUUCAAUGUAUCAUCGUCGAUC